ACAACAUGAAGCUAAUUAUUGCCGCAAUUGUUCUGGCCGUGAGCUGUUUGGCCGGCAUUAAUGCCGGACCGGCACCCGCCCACGGAUUCGCCUCCCUGCCUGCCCCAUUCCAGGCUCAGGUCUUCACCGUUGUCGAGGAUAUGAUCCAUCUGGGCGAGGAGACGGCCAAGGCUUUGGUGCACCAAUAUGAGGAGAUCGUUGUGGAGCCUCAUCAGCAACUCGAGGAGGCCAUCGACAAUAUUGAGGCGCGUCGCGCCGAGAGCCCCCAAUGUGUGGCCUCCCAAGAUGAUGAAAUCAAUGCUAUUCUGGAUACUGUCCACGAGGAGAUGCACGACUGCACUGUGGUUGCCGCACACACCUCCGCUGAGAUCGCCACCGAUGUGAACCAAGCCACCCAGCAAUUGGUGUUCGGCGGCCUGAGUCUGGGACGCACCUAUAACAAGUGCCAGAACUACAAGAACUCCGUGCUAAAGCAGUCAUGCAUGGCCAAGUUCUACAUACAGGCCACCGUUUAUCUGGUCCAGGCUCGCUCCUCCAUCAAGACCAUCAAGCAGAGCACCAACGAACGCAUUCCCGCCGUCUUCGUCGAAGGCAAUGUCUGCACCCACAACGCCGCCGAUGAGGCUGUCAACGGCCUCAAUGAGGUGAACCGCUCCAUCGAUGUCUGUGUGGCCAAGAAGCUCCGCCAUUAAAUGGACGUCAUUGUAUAUUAGUUUCUUUUUUUUUUAUCCCCCAUGAUGUUUAAUAAAAACGUGUUUUAAAAUGCAA